AACUGGACUUUGCUUUUGUUUUAUGGCUCUGGGUUGCUGAUAUGUUGACGCCCAGUGAUCACUUUGUUUGCUCGGGUCUGCAGUCGCGUCACUCUGUGCAUCUGACUGGAGUGGAUUUGUUUGGACCUUUUCUGCUAUUUUAGGAGAUGACUAGGUACCACAAAGCAGCGAUUGAUGGCUACUUGGACCUUUUGAAGGAGGCCACAAGGAAGGACCUGAACACUGCGGAUGAAGAUGGCAUGACUCCCACCUUAUUGGCUGCUUUCCACGGACAUGUCGAUGCUCUUCAGCUCAUAUGCAGCAGAGAAGGAGACCCCAACAGGAGUGACAUCUGGGGAAACACACCGUUGCACCAUGCUGCAGCUAAUGGCCACAUGCACAUCCUCAGUUUCCUGGUCAACUUCGGUGCCAACCUUUUCGCCCUGGACAAUGAAUUCCACUCAGCUAUGGACGUUGCUGCUUCUCGUGACCGCAUGGACUGUGUGCGCUUCCUAGAUGCUGCUGCCUCACAGCAGACCAACCAAAAUGCCAAGAAGGUCGCCAGUCUAAAGAAGGAAGCCAUCAAAGAAGCGGAGAAACGUGUAAAGCUCUGUGAGAAGGUGAAGAAGAAACACCAGAGCAAGAUGGAUAGAAUGCACCGUAGUGCAAGCAAUACUGGGUCUGUUUCGGAGGCCAGCAUGGCAUCAUCACUCUCAAACAGUGGUACCAUGACCGGCAUCAAUGAACAGUUCUCCAAGCUUAUUGCUGCUGAUAAAUCUGGCUCUCUUACAGCCAGGGUUAAAGGCACCCUCCAGAAGAAGCUCGGGAAGAAAGAUAAAGGCACACUGCAGAGAUCAGGAGGUGAUGGGAAUGUUAUUUUCCUCAAGCAGGAGAAUGGCGCAUCUGAGAAGCCGGAGUUUCUGGAUGUCUUCAACGAGCAGGAUGAAAACAUGUUCGAUGAAGAAGGAAUGGGAGGCUUUGAAGAUGAUGAUGACAAUGAUGAACCAAGCCAAGUAAAACAGUCCAUCUUCAACCGGCCAGGUCUUGGAGGUUUGAUUUUCAUGAAGAAGAUGGGGCUUGAGUCAGAUGACGUCCCCAGUGGGAACAAUGAAAAUCUCGGCUACCUCGUUCAGAACGAAUUGUUUGAGGCAGAUGAAGAUGCCGAUGGCUUUGAGGGGGCAGGUGAUGCUGAUCUGCCCUGGGAUCAGGAAGAUCUGGGCCUGGAUGAUGAUGAAGAUGAGGAAACCUCUCCUUUGGAUGCAUUCUUGUCUGCUAUCUCCUUGCCAGAGUUUGCCCCUGCAUUCAACAGAGAGCAUCUGGACCUGGAAGCACUCAUGCUUUGCUCUGAUGAAGACCUGAAAGGCAUUCGCAUCCAACUCGGACCCAGGAAGAAGAUCCUGGAAGCUGUUGCUCGCAGAAAGAACGCACUGGAGAGCCCUGGCGUCAUUAAGGACAGCUGCUUGUGAGCCAAUAAAACAUGAACAGUGAUUUUUAAUCCUGUUUGAAAUUUAAAA